CCGUUGGGCAGGGUCAUCGCUUUGGUAUAUCCUGUAAAAAUGAAGCCGUGUAUCCACGACACGGUGAGGUGAGGUGAGAUGGGUACCCUCCUCCCUCCACGGCCGCCGCCUUCCACCGGCCGCCCGCCUCCCCCCGCCACUCGUCUUCUCCUUCUCCCGGAGCACCACCGUGCGCAGCUCGCCAUCCCAUCCUUCUCGCAUCAUCAGACGCCGGCGCCGAGGCGCGCCGCCCUCCGUCCAACAACCGCGUCUCCGGACGCCGACGACGCCGCGGCCCUCAUGGUCGCGCGCGCGGAGGCCGGCGACUUCGCGCGCGCGCAGUCCAUCUGGGCGCAGCUCCUGCUCAGCUCGGCCGCGCCGUGCCUCGCCGCCGCGGCGCCCCGCCUCCUCCCGGCGUACGCGCGCCUCGGCCGCUCCGACGAGGUCCUCCUCGCCGUGCGGGAGCUCUCGGCGCGGGACCCCGCCCAGGCGCAGUCCCUCUACCCACUCGCCGUCUCCUGCCUCGGCGCCGCCGGCGAGCUGGCGCUCAUGGAGGCCGCGCUCAAGGAGAUGUCCCGCGCGGGGCUCCGCGUCGACUCCGCCACGGGCAACGCCUUCGUGCGCCACUACGCGGCCGCCGGCACCGUCUGGGAGACGGAGGCGGCGGUCGGCCGGCUCAGGAAGACGGGCCUCCUCAUCUCCGCCGACGCCAUCCGCGCCGUCGCGUCCGCGUACGUCGCGCGGCGCGAGUACUACAGGCUCGGCGAGUUCGUGCGCGGCCUCGGCCUCGGCCGCCGCAAUGCCGGCAACCUGCUCUGGAACCUCUACCUCCUCUCCUUCGCGGCCAACUUCAAGAUGAAGUCCCUGCAGCGCGCGUUCCUGGAGAUGGCCGACGCCGGGUUCCGGCCGGACCUCACCACCUUCAACAUCCGCGCCGCCGCGUUCUCCAAGAUGUGCAUGUUCUGGGACCUCCACCUCACCGCCGACCACAUGCGCCGCGACGGCGUGGCGCCGGACCUCGUCACGCACGGCUGCUUCGUGGACGCAUACAUGGAGCGCCGGCUCGCGCGCAACCUCUCCUUCGCGUUCCGCCGGCUCGACGGCGAAGGCCAGCCCGUCGUGGCCACGGACGGCAUCGUGUUCGAGGCGUUCGGCAAAGGGGGUUUCCACGCCACCUCCGAGGCCGUGCUGGAGGCCGCUGGCGGGAAACGCCGGUGGACGUACUACAGCCUGCUCGGCAUCUACUUGAAGAAACAGUACAGGAGAAACCAAAUCUUCUGGAACUACUGAGCUUCAUCAGUGCAACAAUAGCGCAGUGUAUUUAGAUGCUAGUUCAAAGUACACGGUGAUGAAUGUUAUGCUUAGAAACCAAAAUCACACAUGCAUUGGAACCAUGGAAGAGUCUUGGUAAGAUCAUA